CCAAAAUUAGGAGAUUCAGGCAAAAUAAAAACCCAACAAACCUUCAUAAUUCCAAUCCUAUAAUCUCUGUCAUUUCCAUCCAAAUAUCUCUCUCAGUCAAAGAAACCGGAGAGCCUCAGCCAACUCAUGAUGUGGUGGUACCUUAGCAGAACACCUUCUUCAGCUUCAAAUGCCAAACCCAAUGAUCAAUAUUCCACCAUUACUUUACACAAUUCCAUCUUCCCAGUUUCUGAUUCUGGCCUUUUCAAUGAUAUUUGCAUUGUUGAAAUCCCAAACAAACCCCUCAUUGAUCACAACAAAGACAACAACAAAAGCAGCAGCAAACAAGUAGAGACCUUUCCAUGUUCAUCAUGGGAAUGGUUUGCCUAUCAAUUCUCUCCAACCCAAUUCCAUUCUGUGGUUGUCCCUCGGGUUCUGUCGCCGGUGUUCAGAAUCCAAGUUAUUGGGGUCCUGCCUGAACAUUUCUUGUGUGCCAAGCUGGUGCAGAGUCCUCAUCAGCCUCAUGCCACCCUGUGUACCUAUUCAUCCAGUGAAAAUUCGCUUCAUGAUGUGCCUAAAAUGAAUUGUGAGGAUCGGAACCCGUUCGGUGCUGCCUGUGCCCUUCGUGAUGACUGGCUUUAUGUUGCAGGAGGCUAUAAGGGCAAAUCUUCCAAUAUUGAUCCUUCAUCUUACUUGAAUUUGGUUGAACGAUUGAACCUGAAGACAUGGGAAUGGCAAUCACUGCAAAACAUGCAAGAACCGCGAGCAUUUGCAGACGGCUUUACUCACAAGGGCAGGUUUUUCGUGGUCGGUGGUAGCGCAACUCUCAAGCACUCGGCUGAAAUCUACAACCCCAGCACCAACUCCUGGGUGUGCUUAAAGUCAUUUGUGCCCAAGGAGGCAGAUGGGUUCACUGCAGCAUCACUCAACGGGCGCUUAAUGUUACUUACUUGGUCAGAUCAGUUAGGUGUGAAGCUGUGGCUUUGGACUGUAUUGGUUAAUCCAAAUUUGAUAUGCAGGUGCAGAUUGAUCAGUUUCUUUCCAAACCAAAUUGUUGAGAGGCCAAGACUAAAAUCACAUGGAGCAAAAAUGGUUCAAGUUGGGGGAAAGGAGGUGUGGGUUUUGGUGGGAGAGAGUGAUAGAUUUUGCCUGCAGGUUGAUGGAUCAAAUGCCUUGCCAGUUUUCCCAGCACCAAUGUUUAGGCCUGGUGAUGGGCAUGAAGCUGUGCAAAAGGGUCAUAUCUAUGCCUUUUCUUUCACGGAUGGAGUUGGAUUAAGUUGGAGAAAAAUCCCUGUUUACUCAAUUUGAGUUCCAUCAGUUUUUCUGGUAUUCAUUUUCCCCCUAAGUAGAUUGUAGAACAAUGACUGUAUUGCAUAUUUUCUGCUAAUGCAUGCAAAACAGAGUUAUGCUACAAAGACACAAACUUUGCUGUCUGUAAGUCAAGCAAAACUGCAUAACUUUCAUCUUUGUCAUUCUUGUCCUGUGUUUCCUUCUUUAUUAAACAGUUCAGUGCAAUAAAAUCCCCCUACCUCUUCUUG